AUGUCAACUCUUACUAUUCCCAAACCAACUACACCAUCAUCUACAACAUCUCCAUCAUCACCUUGUUUACCGUCAUCGGCAACAUCAUUGACUUAUAUAUAUUUGCACAACAACAGGUACAUAAUGAACAAAUACACCGUCGUCAAGGUGAUUGGCAGUGGUGGCGAGGCCAAGGCAUUGUUGGUCAAGAAGAAUGGAACCGAGCAACUGUUUGUGUUGAAGCAACGCAACUUUACGAAUCUCGAGCAGGCCAACGAGGGCCUCAACGAGGCCAUGUCACUGGCCAAGAUACAGAACCAAAAUAUCGUCAAGUUUGAAGAGGUGUUUCUCAUGAACAACGGUAUCACGCACAGUCUGUGCAUUGUCAUGGAGUACUGCGAUGGCGGCGACCUCAUGGAUUUUAUGGUCAACUUGAUUCGUCAUGCUACGGCCGUACACGACCAAGCCAUGAUGAUCACGUCGCCUACACUAUCGUCGGCCACAAAUUCCAACUCGUUGUCUCCCAAUGUCGGCAGUUUGGGUGCACUCAACGUCGGGAGCCAUUCGAACCUUUUUUCCUUUAUAUCGCCUGCCAACAGCUUCAACUACAAGAUACCCAGCAUCAUAGACGAGGAGCAGAGCUUGGCGACACCCUCCAUAGUCGGUAGUGUACUCCUCGAAGAUGAUAGGUCGACCACCUACACCUACUCGUCCACAUCCAGUAAUAACUCCAACUCGACCAACUCGCCCGUCCCCCACAUCACCACCACCUCUCCACCCUCACCUCUGUCUCCCAAGAGCAGUAACAAUAUAAACAAUAUUAACUCAAACACCAAACCUGCGGGAGACAGCACGACAACUACACCCACGCCAACCACCCCUGGCACAGCUGCGGUACCUACCGGAGCCAACUUUAGUAAUUUCAUAACCAACCCAAGCCUACUCAAAGCCAAUAUGCUCAAUAGAAGUGACGACGUUUCUAUGCUUGCACCAACCUCUCCCAAACCAGGUAGCAAGUCUGAUCCUCCCCCCAAUACCAACAAUACAAACAAUACAAACAAUAGUCAUCCAACUACUAUAACAGUGAAUGGAGGUUCACCAACACAAUCAUCACCAUAUACAGAAACCAAGAAAAAACGUCGAAGUUGGUUCAAGAGUCAUAGAAAAUCAAAAUCAAACUCUUCGGCUAUGGAGCCACAUCAUACUAUUCCAGCGACAGCAUUAAACUAUCCAACUAGUCCACCACCAGAAUCACAACUAUCUCUACAAAUCCCCAAGAAAAUACUGUACAACUGGUUGUACCAGUUAUGUAUGGGCGUUCAAGCCAUCCACUCUGCGCAUCUUAUUCAUCGUGACCUAAAGUCUGAAAAUAUAUUCCUUUCCAACUAUCUCAUCAAAAUCGGUGAUUUUGGAUUGGCCACCAACUUUUCCGAGGAUCCUAUCGUCGGUAUUGCCGGUACCUACUGUUACUCGGCACCUGAAGUACUCAACAACGAACCAUACAGUCGAUCAAGCGAUAUUUUUUCAUUGGGUUGUAUCAUUUACGAAAUGACAACUCUUCGUCUACUCCCCCUAACAAGAAGAUACAUUGCCGAGGAAUUAUUAGCUGGUACUUUUGAUUCAAAUGCUUUUUUAAGAGAAUUUCCAAUUGAACAUUUCCAAAUUGGGGAAUUAUGUUUAAAAAUGUUAGAUCUUAAUCCACAAUUGAGACCAACUAUAGAGGCUAUUUUACAACAUAAAAUGUUUGAAAGAUUUAGAACUAUUAUGAUUAGUGCUAGUCAUAGUAACUUGGCAUCGUUAUUGUCAACACAUUCGCCGUCGACUAGUUUGUCACCUGAGCUCAGUCUCAGUCCUUUGACCAUCUCGUCGACACCGUCGAGCAUCUCUUUGAUAAAGUCUCAGAGCCUGUACAAUGUCAGUCCGCUUGGCGGGUUUAGAAAACAACUUGACCGAAACGAUCUAAACUCGGCCGCCUAUAUUUUGGCCGAAGCAUACUCUAACGACCCCAGAUUCUCAUGGGCAAGAAAAAGAAGGAAUAAUUCAAAUGGAAGUAAUUCAAAUGGAAAUGUUAACGGAAAUAAUAAUAAUAAUAAUGGGAAUGUAAAUGGGAAUAGUAGUGUCAACUCUUCGUCGUCGACGGUCAAUGGCCAUGGUUGUGGUGGAACAUCACCUCUAUCCACAUCAACUGCAUCGUUUCCUCCACCUCCAUCAUCAUCAUAUCACAGUGCUAGCUUAAAUAGUAGUACUGGGAUACCGUCAAGUCUAAAUAGUACGAGUAGUAUCCCACCACUAUCCCCCACGCCACCCAAUAUAUCAUCAACCUCUAAAAAGUCUGGUAUACUACCACUGAUGGAGGAAAUGGAUGAAGGGUUCUUUAUUAGAAAGGCAUUUUUCGACGCUGCACUCAAGAUCAUGUACAAUGAGAGAUUCAUUAUCUGGGGAUACUACAAUUCCGAGAAUGUCCUACACGGCGUAGCCUGUUGGAUCUCACCGGAAUCCAAAAAGAUACCUUAUGGCAUGAUGAUGUUAAAGAUCCUCUCGAUCCUGCCCAAAGUUGGGUUACGUGCAACCAAGCGUAUCAAAGACCUCAUGGAAGUUUUGGACCGUGCCAUGGAACGCACUGAAACAUCAGAGAAUGGCUACCACCUCGCCUAUAUGGCCAUUUCAAAAGACUAUAGAGGCAAGGGUAUCGGUCCCUACUUGCUCGGUCCCGUACUCGAAUGGUGUGACUUUUCCAACAAAAAGGCCAAAGCCAUUGUACUCAAGCAACGGUCCAUCUCCUUUUUCAUGCGUCAAUCGUUUGACAUGAGUUACGAAAUGAAAGGUAACGAUCUUCCCGAAGGAAUCGAUGUCAUUUGGGUAAUGGAAAGGUCUCCCAAACCAAAUUAA